UCAAUGCUCAUAUAAAUAGUUUGGUCACUUUUUAGUUUGACAUGAUUUGUACUGAUGUGACACAUUAAUAAAUUCCACCAACUUGUUUAAUAAAACAAACUAAUUUGUUUUCUUACCCCCACAAAAAGUAAUUAAUCCCAGCUACUCGUCAAAACUCCAACAUGCUAGAAAAAUGCAUUCUUCAUAUAUCCUCCUCCUUUUAUAAAGAGAGCUCGAGGAGAGAAAGCAUUGGAAGAAAAUGGGGAGGGAAACUCACAUCCUUGUAAUUCCUUACCCCGUGCAAGGUCACAUAAACCCAAUGCUUCAAUUCUCGAAGCGCCUUGCCUCAAAGGGCCCGAGAGUGACGGUAAUCACCACCACCUCCAUUAGCGAAUCCAUGCAAGCCCUGCAAGAGAGCUCUGUCAACUUUGAGACCAUCUCCGAUGGGUCUACGGAAGGUGUAAAGCUGGGAAGCAUAGACGAAGAAUUAAAGCGUUUCAAACUAUUUGUGUCACAAAGCUUAGCGGAGCUGAUUGAGAGACACAAAAGCUCCCAACACCCACCAAAACUGCUCGUCUAUGACUCGGUGAUUCCGUGGGCUCUAACCCUGGCGAGGCAACAUGGCGUAGAUGGAGCUCCUUUUUUCACUCAGUCGUGUGGUGUUAAUGCGAUAUAUUAUCAUGCUCAUAAAGGGGCUGUUGGGAUGCCCCCAGAGGGGCCUUCGGUGUCUUUGCCCUCGUUACCAUCGCUAGAGAUCAAUGACAUGCCUUCUUUUCUUUGUGAUUCGGCCUCCUACCCAGCCCUGAUAAGCCUCGUAAUGAAUCAAUUCUCAAACUUCCAGGAAGCCAAAUGGCUCUUGUUCAACAGCUUCGACAAGCUGGAAGAUGAGGUAGUGAAUUGGAUGGCAAGCCAAUGGCCAGUUAAAACAAUUGGACCGGCUAUUCCAUCAAUGUACUUAGACAAGCGGUUGGAGGAUGACAAAGAGUAUGGUCUCAACCUCUUCAAGCCUAAUGUGGACGCUUGCAUGAAGUGGCUAGACACGAAGGAAAUUGGCUCUGUCGUUUAUGCAUCAUUUGGAAGCUUGGCAGCCUUGGGAGAAGAGCAGAUGGAGGAGCUAUCAUUGGGCCUGAAGAAUAGCAAUUGCUACUUCCUGUGGGUAGUUAGAGAAUCCGAGGAGAAAAAGCUUCCGGGUAAUUUUAUAGAGGAAACAACCGAGAGGGGGUUGGUUGUGACUUGGUGCCCUCAACUAGACGUAUUGGCUCACAAGGCAAUUGGGUGCUUCAUGACUCACUGUGGGUGGAACUCGACGCUUGAGGCAUUGAGCUUGGGAGUGCCAAUGGUUGCGAUGCCACAAUGGACUGAUCAACCAACUAAUGCCAAAUUCAUUGUGGAUGUUUGGAAGGUAGGCAUCAGGAUCAAAUUGGAUGAAAACAGCAUUGCGACCAAAGAAGAAAUAGAGUUUCGUAUAAGGGAAGUAAUGGAGGGGGAGAGAGGGAAAGAGAUGAAAAUGAAUUCAUUGAGAUGGAAGGAACUGGCUAUAGAAGCUGUAGACGAAGGUGGAAGCUCAGACAAAAACAUAGAGGAGUUUAUAACUAAACUUUCACACUCCUAAUGUUAAUGUAAUUAUAUUGAUAGCUCUACAUUCGAAUAAUGAUCUAGAAAAUAUAUGAUUUUACUAUUAGUAACUUUUUCUAUGCA